AUGCCUUUUGCGACAGAACUCACCAAGCGACUCGGCAUUAGAGUGCCCGUCGUCCAGGGCGGCAUGAUGCACGUAGGCACCGCCGACCUCGCCUCAGCCGUCUCCAAUGCCGGCGGCCUGGGUAUCAUCACCGCCCUCAUCUUCCCCACGCCUGAGGAACUGCGCAAGGAGAUCCAACGCUGCCGCACCCUCACCAAGAACCCCUUCGGCGUCAAUAUCACCCUCCUUCCCGCCAUGGUGCCCCCGAACUACGCCGCAUACGCUCAGGCUAUCAUCGACGAGGGAAUCAAGGUCGUCGAGACGGCAGGAAACUCUCCCGGGCCUGUUAUUUCGCAGUUGAAGAAGGCCGGCAUCAUUGUUCUCCAUAAGUGCACCACGAUUCGCCAUGCUCAGAGCGCCGUCAAGCUUGGCGUCGACUUCCUCAGUAUCGACGGUUUUGAGUGCGGUGGACACGUUGGCGAGAGCGAUAUUACAAACUUUAUCCUGCUCAGCAAGGCCCGUCAAACUCUCGGUGUUCCCUUCAUCGCCAGCGGUGGCUUCGCGGAUGGUUACGGACUCGCCGCCGCGCUGUGCCUCGGCGCUUCUGGAGUCAACAUGGGAACGCGAUUCAUGUGCACGGUCGAGGCUCCAGUGCACCACAAGGUCAAGGAGGAGAUUGUGCGCGCGGACGAGACCGACACAACCCUCCUCAUGCGCAGGUGGAGAAACACCACCCGACUCUUCAAGAACAAGGUUGCCCUGGAGGCUCUUGAGGUCGAGACCAAGAGCGAGAAGGGCGAGUUUGCCGAGAUUGCGCCGUUUGUGAGCGGCAAGCGAGGAAAGGAGGUAUUUGUGAAUGGCGAUACUGAAUACGGCGUUUGGACAACUGGCCAGGUCAUUGGCCUGAUUCAUGAUAUCCCUACAUGCGACGUCCUUGUUCACAGAAUUGAGAAGGAGGCGGAGACGGCGUUGAAAGAGAGACUCGCGCUUCUGGUGCCCGAGUCAAAGUUAUAG